AUGGAAAAAGAGGAUGCAAGAUUAAAGUUUUUUUUUGAUGAGUUAUACCUUUCAUCUAAUCCGUCAUCAAACAAUAAGGGUUCACAGGAACAUUCAACUGGUGCAUCCAAUACUUCGAUAGAUACAAUUGCAAAUUUAGAGGUAAAUACAACAUCUCGCACAAUUACACGACAUAAAACUUCUGCAUUGGUGGAGCACACAAAAAUUAUUGAUUUUGAACUUACCAAAUACACAAAUGAAGCAUUGAUGCCAAAUACCACUACUACAUCUACCGCCACGCAUUUAGAAAUGAUUUUAAUAAAUCCGAUUACUACACAGAAUGCAAUUCUGAAUAUCUCACAUAAUCAACGUUGGGAAUUUCGAAUAGUUAAUGAUGACAUAAAAAUAGAAGAGUUAACUGUACAUAGUUAUGAUGUUAGAUUGCAUAUACAGUGCGUUAAGAAAGUCUUUGGACAAGAUUUACAUGAUGAAAAUCAAUUAUCUAAUUCGUCU